AUGAUGGAAACUAUUCCGACGCUGACGGCUUUCCUAGAAUUCGUGGAACAACGAGUUUAUACGCUGGAAACCUCUCGUGGCUCAUCAUCUCAACCUGCAAAUCGGUCAGCAUCACGAACCUCACCUCGCAGUACCAGCCUUGCUGCGACGAACAGGGUGGCGAAACCCAUUUGUGCAGUUUGCGGCGAGGGUCAACAUAGACUUUUCUGCUGCAGACGAUUCAACAACUUAUCCGUGGCCGAUCGCAUUGAUUGGGUUAAACGUCUUGUUCGAUGUGAGAACUGCCUUCGUGAAGGUCACGGGACUACCGGCUGCUCAUACGGUACGUGUAAGCAGUGCAAUCAGCGACAUCAUACACUCCUCCAUGAGGACCGAAGACAUACACCAGCACAAAUUCCCGGUGAAGUGAGGAACCAUCUAUCGUACAACGACGCAUUCUGUUCUGUAUUCCUCGCAACCGCUAUCGUGAAUGUGCUGGAUGCUUCAGGAAAUCUCUGUCCAGCCAGGGCUCUACUGGAUUCCGGUUCACAAGCGUGCUUCAUAACCACCGACUUGUCCAAGAAGUUGGGCCUGGACAGACGUCACAUCAAUCUACCACUUAGGGGAAUCUCUGGACUAGCGACCAGAAUCCACGAAGCCGUAUCGGUGACAAUCCAGUCACGUAAUUCCGACUUCCGGCAGCAGACGGAGUGUGCUAUCCUCGACAAAAUCUCCGAACCUAUCCCACAUCAAGCGGUGAACAUCACUCAAUGGGGUAGUCUAGCAGAUCUCGCGCUUGCGGACGUGCUAUUCCACAUUCCCGGUAACAUCGACCUACUCAUUGGUGCCAGCAUGUAUUACCACCUGCUUGAAACGGAACGGAUUUCACUGGGACCAUCACAACCAAUCCUGCAAAGAACCAAACUAGGCUGGAUCGUAGCAGGAUUUCAUAUACCAGAGGAAAGACUAAAUCCUACCUCUUCAAACUUUUCUACACGAGUAGAAGCACCAGAAGAACCUGUAAAUCUUAAUCAGCUAGUCGCCAAAUUCUGGGAGCUGGAGGAUUUCAAGCCGACCACACGCUUGACCGUCGAAGAGCAGUUGUGUGAAGAUCACUUCCAAGCACAUACUACGCGAGACUCAAGUGGACGCUACGUGGUGAAGCUGCCAUUUCGCAAGGAUCCAUCCAACAUAGGCGACACUAGAUAUUCGGCGUUGCGACAAUAUCACGCAUUGAAAAGGAGACUGAACAACAAUCCAGAACAUAAACAGCUGUAA